AUGGAAGUCGUCCUGGCAAAUGGUGAGCUCCUCAGGACUGGUCAGUGGGGUUUAAACAACGGGCCGUCCACUCACCUAUGCAGCAACCAAUUUGGACCUCAAAUUGAUGGCCUUUUCCUUCAGAGUAACCUGGGCAUUGUCACGAAACUUGCACUUCAUCUGGAUGUGGCUCCCAAAGCUAUGAUAAACGUGGUAGUGAGCUGUCCGGAAGUCUCCCAGAUAGAACCACUAAUCGACUCAUACGAGGAACUAUACAGAGAAAGGAUUUUGCAGGGACACCCUUCGGUUCAUAAUGUGAAUCAUUAUUCGACCCGGUUCUCCAGGAAGCACGAGCAACAGACAUCACUCGGGCCACUUACCAAGGAAUCUCUUCUGAAACUAUCCGAUCGUUACGGCACCGGCUAUUGGCACAGCUUCUUUGACCUUUGGGGAAGCAAGGCGAUGGUGCUACUGCGCUGGGAGAGAGUGAAGGAAGUCUUGACCAACAAUCUUCCUGGCUGCAAGGUGACACACACGUUAUGGGAAGGAGAGAACGGGGGAACACUAGAUCAGUUGAAGGUUGGUUCCUUUGGGGCCGGUGUCCCUGGAAUGUAUGCCUCUGCACUGGCGGAUUACAACCUGCCUGCCGAUGGAACUGGGGCAGGAGCACACACCGAUGUCACCCUCCUGCUGCCGAACAAUGGAAAGAUUGUCCACGAGUGGUUUGUUAAGAUGCGUACCAUAAUGGAGAAAGCUGGAACCGACCCGUUUAUUGGCUGUCAUGUCUGGGAUCGUCAUCUGCUCUUUGUGCAAGAGUAUGUUUAUGAUAAGACUAACCUCAAAAACCUUGAGCGAGGUCGACAGGUCAUGGAUCUUAUCGUGGAUGAGGCCGCCAAGCACUCCUAUGCCUGCUACCGAUCACAUCUGAGGUAUAUGGACAACAUCCAGAACCUCUUCGAAUUUAACGGACAUAUCUAUAAGCGAUUCAUCGAGCAGAUCAAGGCUACCGUCGAUCCAAAUGGAAUCCUGUCUCCGGGCAAGAACGGUAUUUGGACCUCAAAGCACUCUCACAGUCCAGCAAAGCCAUAA